AUGUCGGGCUACGACAACGUGGUCGUGAAACCGUGUUUCAACCGAAUGGGUCCACACCCCAUGGAGCGCGAGAUGGGCCGCGUGCAGUGGGCCGGGGGCGGGUUCGAUCGGGUAGGUGGGGCGGACCGAGUUCUGGUGAACCGGCCGGGCCGAAUGGUCGAACCGGAUCGGGCUGGGGCGAAGGAGGUCGGAUCGGGGUUGGGUGGACCAAAACCGUUCGAACCGGUGACGGGUGGACCAUUGAUGGGCGGACCGGGGCGGGGUGAAUCGAGGAGGGUCGACAGCGGCCGAACCGGGGCGGGGUGGACCGCCAAUGGCCGAACCAGGGUGGGCCGAACCGCAACCGAACCACACCAGAACCAGGGCUCCAGUGCAUACGGACCUCCGAUCGCAGCAGCAGUAGGAGAUUCAGGGGGUCAACCGGGGAGGUACGAAGACUACUUAGGCAAGGAAGGGCAUGGCUGGGGUUCAGGAGGCGACGCACGCGGACCUCCUGGGUAUCACAGAGGCUACCCCAGUGCUGGCAGGUAUGGGGGUAUGUGA